GUAGUUGUCGUCAAACUGGCUAGCUAUCUUUGACGCCUUUUAGCUAGCUAACGUUAGUUCAUCUGGAAAAAUCGUGGAGGAGAAGCUAUUCAGCUUUGAAGCCAUUUUGGUUAUCAGUGAACAGUGUAAAAUAGCUGCCCAAAUAAACGACAUUCAAUUGGUGGAGAGGCGUCUGACCGACCACCUCACCGAGGCCUUCUCUGCUUCAGAGUCAUUUAUCCUGAAGAUGCUUCUGCUUUGUCUAAUCACUGCUCCUCACCGCUGUUUCAGGUAGGAAGCUUGUGUGUCGACGUCACUGAGGAGGGAUGCCUGUUGAAAGUGGAAACAGCGCAGCCGCCAGACAAGCCAAGCAGAAACGCAAGUCGCACAGCCUGUCCAUACGGCGAACUAACAGCACCGAGCAGGAUCGCCCUUCGGGUCACAGAGACAUGCUGGAGGGACAGGACUCCAAGUUGCCCCUAUCCUUGAGGAGUAACCUACUGGACCUUUUUGGACAGAUAGAGCGUGAAUUUGAAAACCUCUACAUUGAAAACAUAGAAUUGCGACGAGAAAUUGAUUCACUCAAUGAACGCCUGACUGGUGAGGGACAGGCAGUGGAUGGAGGAGACCUUACCAAAGGAGCUCUGAAAACCAAAGCCAGCCAUAGCACAAGCCAGCUCUCCCAGAAACUCAAGACCACAUACAAGGCUUCCACAAGCAAGAUCGUCUCCAGUUUCAAAGCCACCACAUCCCGUGCCGUUUGUCAGCUGGUGAAGGAGUACGUGGGCCACAGAGAUGGCAUCUGGGACCUGGCCGUUACCCGCUCCCACCCCGUGGUGCUGGGCACUGCAUCUGCAGAUCACUGCGCCAUGCUGUGGAGCAUUGAGACUGGCAAGUGUCUUCUGAAGUAUGCGGGCCAUGCAGGUUCAGUGAACUCCAUCAAGUUCCACCCCACAGAGCAAAUGGCCCUGACAGCAUCUGGAGAUCAGACAGCACACAUCUGGCGCUACAUGGUCCAACUGCCUCUCCCUCAGCCUCCAGCAGACAUCAGCGUGUCCUGUGACGACGACGUGGACUUCUCGGACAAGGACGAGGCGGACCCCGAGGGCGACGGGGUGAACGAGUGCCCGACGGUGCGCGUGGCCACCACUACCCUCAAGAGCCACCAGGGGGUGGUCAUCGCCGCCGACUGGCUGGUUGGAGGGCGGCAGGUGGUCACUGCGUCCUGGGACCGCGCGGCCAACCUGUACGAGGUGGAGACCUCCGAGCUGGUCCACACUCUCACAGGUCAUGACCAGGAGCUGACCCACUGCUGCACACACCCCACCCAGAGACUGGUGGUGACCUCAUCACGAGACACCACUUUCCGCCUGUGGGACUUCAGGGACCCAUCCAUCCACUCAGUGAAUGUGUUUCAGGGGCACACCGACACGGUGACGUCAGCCGUCUUCACGGCAGGAGAUAACGUGGUGUCUGGAAGUGACGACCGCACGGUGAAGGUGUGGGAUCUGAAGAACAUGCGCUCGCCCAUAGCCACCAUCCGCACCGAUUCAGCAGUCAACAGGAUAAGUGUCUCCGCCACGCAGAGGAUCAUCGCACUCCCACACGACAACCGACAAGUCAGGCUGUUCGACAUGACGGGAGUACGGCUCGCCAGACUGCCACGCAGCAACAGACAGGGCCACCGGCGCAUGGUGUGCUGUUCCGUGUGGAACGAGGAGAACCAGGCCUGCAACCUCUUCACCUGCGGCUUCGACCGGCAAGCCAUCGGCUGGAACAUCAACAUCCCCGCCCUCCUGCAGGAGAAGUGAGCUGGCGCCGCCGCCGCCACCACCACCGCUGCCACCACAGCAGCGCAGGCCUGCCGAGUGCCACCCACGGGUGCCCUCUCGCCCUCCCUUCUCUCUCUCUCUCUCUCUCUCUCUCUCUCUCUCUCUCUCUCUCUCUCUCUCUCUCUCUCGCAUGCUGUUCAUCCACGCCAGGGCACAGCCGCUCUCCCACCAACAUGCUCACAUUCACUCAUUCAUUCACUCACACACACGUGAGCGAAGCCUCAUCCACAGUCUGCAGCCAAAACUGUGUAAUGUAGGCUCAUACGAAGACAUUUACAAUGUGUGUUUAUGUGUGUGUGUGUGUGCGUGCGUGUGUUAGAAAGGAGUUUGUUUUCCUACAGGAUGCUUCUCUCCAACUCAUUUGAUAUCAUCCUGUUUGGUUCUGUUACUGUUCUGGUCAGAGAAUGGGAAAUCUGUUCUUUACUUCCUGUAAGCUGUCUGAAGUAAAGCAGACAGCGAGGAUCUCUGUUGUACUGCGCGUCCCGCGAUAACUAUUCAACUUGCAUAUCUGUCUUGUCGUCGACGUCACCGUGUGCCAUCUACCCCAGUCCUGUUCACAUGGGUGGGCUUAUUGAGCAGAUAUGUCGGUGAGCACAUUUACACGUCACCACAAUUCCUGUUGAGUUGAAACACUUACAUAAACAACAACAACAACAACAACAACAUACUCAGACUUUGAUGUACGUACAUCCCUCGUGCUCUGUGGCCCAUCUCUACAGACACGUCUGGACACUAAUAGCAAUCCAUUGUGUUACCGUAAGCACUUCAGCGAGGUUGUGUUUGGGCUCUGUGGUGUCUUUUCAACACGUGUAGAAUUGAGUUCUUUAUGCUGUAUUAGAUUACUUGGCCGUUAUAAGUAAACAGUGCUAGUGUAUAAAGGAUCAUCUGUUGCUUAAGUGCCAGUUGGUGGAGUUUGUUCUUCUGAGCUCAAUCAAACCAAUUAACGUUCAGCUGUGAAUAUAGUCGUCUGCCUUGUCUUUUUGAGAAGGGACUUCACUAAAGCCUCCUCGAGAACAGUCGAGGAAGUAACUCUUUAUUUUUAGAUGGAGGCGGUGCAGUCAGUCAAGGUGUGUAAUCCUGUGAAAACUACGCUCUAGGGCAAGACUCGCUGUGCAAGGAAACAUGAGAGGGAAAGCAAUGUUGGAAAGUAAGGAAUGUUAAUAGCAUCCUCCCCAUAGCAGAAAGUGUGUGUGUGUGUGUGUGUGUGUGUGUGUGUGUGUGGAUAGUUUUGGUAUGCCCUGAACAAUCAAGCCUGCAGUCGUCGGGAGUUUGAGGGCAGACUUUUUAGAGCAUGCUUAAGAAAGCUGUUGGACCAAUCAUGUGCCGGCUCACGAUCACUGCAGAGUUCCAAAUCUACAGUAGGCCGCUGUAUAGAGUGAGUGGAAUGGGAUUGGACUCGUUGCACCGUUUAUGCUACUGUUCACACCUUGUUGUUACACUGUGCCGGACAAGCAGUUUGAUGUUUACCAAUGUUUUAUCACUGUUGAAAUGCAAUUCAUGUAGAACUGGUCAAACACCGUAUUUCCUGUAUUAGAGCUAAAGCCUUAGCCCUGGGUGUCCAACUCAAGUUAAUCAGCACAGAUUUAAAGAUUAAACAUUAAAACUUGUUGUGCAUGUUAGUCAGCGGUACGGCCUCUAGUUCAGGAGAGCUUUUUCGUGCCACAGCGUUAGCAGGCUGGCAGUUCAUCUACCGUUUGUUCUGUGUUCAUUCCCCACCGAUUGUUUGUCAUUGUAGAUGUUUUGGAAUAAAAUGACAUAAUGUUCUCUGAUGAUGUCUCUCAGCCAUGACUGUCAUCGUCCAGCAGGUCAGAUACUCAUGUUAGAACGCCUUUCUCUUUAACAUAGCGCUGUUAUAUCGGCAGCUUCUACACAGCAGUGUUUUAUUUUUAGGGUAUACUGUAGUCUGAAGCCAAUUCACGUUUUGUUAUUGAUGGCAAUUGUAGACAUUGGUGACAAACUAGUCGGGCAGAGCACAGAUCAUUUUUUUUCUUCAAUCUUCGCCAACAGGAAUGUGAUCGAACUAUUUGUGCAUCUUAAUCUAAGUUGGGGUCGGGGUGAGAGAUCUUCAGAAGACCAUGUCUGAUAUUGUCACGUGCUUUCAGUGCUUUCUGUCAUGGCGUCGUUUUCUGAGCCAGAAUAUCAGAGAAUCAACCUCCAGUUCAGAGUCUUGAUUUGUAGCAUUAUGGUAAUACCAGUAGUCUCCACACAAGUAACACCAGUCUCCCAGUUUUUCUAUUGUAAACUUUAUGUUUUGAUGGAUGUGAGAAACGUGAAGAUGUAUGUUGUGGAAAACCUUGAUGGUAAAACAAUGUAAAUAUGUUAACCGAGCCUCAUAGGGGCUCAGAAAAUGAGUGGUUGUGUUGUAUGUAUCUGAAGUCAAUUAAAAAUAUAUAAAUACAUAUUAUCUGUUAUACGAGCUGAAUGUUGUACACAAGUGCAAACAGUGGCUUGUAAAUUCCAAUAAAAUGUUUGCUUUUUGGACUGAGAUAAGAGGUCAUCAUACCUGCAACAAUUAAAAUGACAAAUGUUGCUC